AACCAUCAGUAUAAACAGCAUAUUUUCAUGAUAUAUAUUUUUAGCUAACAAAAGGGGUGAUUUCCGUCCAUCACAAGAACCGGGCACCGUUUAAAUAACAUAAUUCUGUGUUUGGCUCUUCCCAUUUUUUAACCAUAUUUUUUAGAUUACCUACUGUAGCUUUCAUUAGGGGAAAGAAAAUUCAAAAGGAUCUGUUUAUGUAUAGGAAGCAUACAUAAAGUUAUGAUAACUUUUCCAGAACUUCCGAGAUGUGAUAUUCUUUCAUAUAUAACCCGUAGUCACUCUUAUUGAGUUGUCGCGGUAUAUAUGUAGAUAUGUGCGGUAUUGCAAAAUAGGUCCUAGUUGGGCUUAAAUAUAAUCUGGGUGUAACAAGACCCAUGGUUCUGCAUAGCGUGAAGGAUCAAGAAAAUGAUGUGUUUUAGGCUGUUUUUGGAUGAGUGCGUAGUUUUUAGUGGUGUAUAACACGUGUUACACUAUAUGUAAAUCUCAGUAAUCCUUUUGGAAUUCAUUACAAGAACCGGCAGCAGAAUAUACCGUUUCAUCUUCUUUGGAUGUAUCAUAUAACAUUGCAACCCAUUUUCCGGAGGUUCAUGAGAUAUAUCAACAAAAAUACAACAGCGAAUGCUGAGUGUUAGUGGUUUCAUGCCUUGAAGGACGGUUGGCAAGAUAUACAUCGAUCGCGGUUUUUGCAUAACUUGUUGUGGAUUAGUUUCUGGUGAAAUCGAUACGCGUGAUACAGUUAUUAUUUCGACGUAUAUCCUUUUGCGUUGUUUAUAAUUAUCCACGUCUUCAACAAUUGACAAGUGUACCCUUUUACUAGGUCGUUUUUUUUCUCAAUACCGCAACCUUGUAUUGUUUAUAUUGAAUAUUUACCAUUAUUUUGGCAAUAUGAAAGGGUCUCAAUCAUCACACAGCUAUGUGCUGAACAAGCCCACCAAAAUUGAGUUUCACAAGCUGCGUAUACUAAUACUUGAUGCUCCAAACAAUUCAAACGUCAAGUUAUAUUUGCACGAAAUGCUUGAUUUUGGAGUUACUUAUCUUGUGCGGACUUGUGAAACUAAUUAUGAUGAUUCGGCAAUAAUUGAAGAAAAUAUUGCUAUCAAGGAGCUUAUAUUUAACGACGGAGAACCACCAUCGGAUGAAAUAGUUGCCGAGUGGUUAAAGCUUGUCAAGGAGGUGGUUGCAAGCAAUGGUUCUGUGGCGGUACACUGUGUCGCUGGACUUGGUCGUGCACCAGUUCUAGCUUGCAUCGCUCUUGUAGAAUACGGUAUGCAUCCUUUGGAUGCCAUAUGUUUCGUGCGUGAAAGGAGGAAGGGGGCAAUAAACCGCAAGCAGCUGGAAUUUCUCAAAUCAUACAAGAAGCGCAAAAAUACUGGUUCAUGCAUGCGAUUUUGUCCCGUUAUGUAACCAACAUCAUACCCCUAAUUCAUAGAGCUUAAUAAAAGCUG